CCCCCCCCCCCCCCUUUCCCACCGCAUCUGCCCCUUCACCGACACGAGCGUCUGGGCAUGAUUCGACAUGCCAGGGCCUACUUUCGCCCUAGCCUUUACACACCUCACGUACCAUAGAUACAAAAGCACAAAAAAAGCGAAAAAAAGAGAUUUUGCUGUCUCAUAUUGCCUUUGAUACCCCCCCUCAAAAAUCCCCCAUGUCUUUUUAUGGUUUGGAUGUUUCAUAUUCCUGUUCCUACCUAUUUAUGUCUCCUUUCCCUCGCUUUCACCUCCCCCCAUUUCCUUUUAUUUUUGGCGCUCAUCCUUGUUGGUGCUCCGGCCAUCGCCCUGGUCAGUUGGUGAUGGAAGGGCAGAAGCAGGAAGCAGAUGUGGCAGCCGUCACUCUUUGUGUGACAAUCGAUGUGAUGUAUCUUGAAUGGACACUAGGUCUAACUAUUUACAUAAAAAUUCAAAUAUGAAUGCAUAUUUUGGGCUUUGCUG